AUGGCAACUCGCAGGACUUCCGUGGCCUUUCCCGACGGGUCUCAACCACCGCCUUUGUUGACCUACCUGAAGGAAUAUAAUUGUAUAGUGUGUAUUGGGUGCAAAAUUGCUAUAACCGGACAGCUAAAAGAGCGUCAUCUUUCCGAUGUCCAUCAGCUACGGACUAUUGCGGAUCGAGCGCGACACCUGCGUCAGAUCCCUCGCGACGUUACCCCCGAUCCAGCCAUGAUGAAUUCUCGCCUCUUCCAAACAGCUCCUCCCGGAUUCCAGAGCUCGAGCUUCACGAUCUGUGGGAAUGCAGUCACUGCGGGCAUCUUACCCGGCCAAUCCUGGUUCCAAUCCAGCCGAUACCUGCGCUUCUGGACCACCGCGCCCGUGGACCAUGGUCGACCAGCCAGCAUGCCAGUGGAAACCACGGAAGAUCCGCCCUCCUCCUCGGCUGCUGACACAAUACUAAUAGGCGAGCCGGAGAUCGCUCCAUCCCAACUUGAUCCGGUCACAGAGGACAACCGGAGAAUCAAACCCAACGAACUACCGGUCCGACCGCUGCGACCCCUGGCCCCGAAGCCCGUAGACGCGGAGCCAAUAGAACGACCGACCACACCAUUGCAAACCCCACCCCUGACUGGCAACCACACGGCCCGAUGGAUCCGGGAAAUUCAGCACCUAGAGGCUCGUGGGAUCCACCGACAGCACCCUGCGCAAGAGGCCCGUCCGGAUCCUCGGCUCUUUGUUUUUCAGGCCCGUCAUAUGGAGGACGAUGUCACACCAUGGCUGCUGCAGACCGACUGGCUUCGAUUCCUGGAUGGCCGUUAUCUUCGGGUGUUGGCCGAAGCGUCCGCGCCAGACCCUGGCCGGCUGCAGAGCCAUCCAGGUCUGCAAUCUUUCUGGCCAGGAGCGCUAUGGGACGAUAAGGAGUUAGUCCCAGAUGAGCCCGCAGGGAGCAUCCAGCAGAUGUCGGUCAACAUUUUAGACCUGGUUAUUGCAUCGUUUGACCGGGUCCUUAACCGAGCCCUGGACAGCUUAGCGUCCACCCAUCCGCCAAUCCGUCGUCUAUUCCGCAGCUCAUCGCAGACCGGUUUGAGUGCGGUGGAACUCGACCGGCAGCAGCCAAAGACGCUCCAACGCUAUCGCCGCGUAUGGCGGCGGUAUCUGGCCUGGAUGGUACGCGGAGCCCCUCUGACUGACCAAGAGCGCACGGAGAUCCUCGGCCUCCGGUUGGACAAGUAUGAGCGGGAGCAUCUCACCCGGAUCUGGGACACCCUCCAGGCAUACCUGGCUCAUCCGGAAGAAACCCUCGCAGCGGGCCACUUCCUUCAACGAAUGGAGCAAACUGAUGCUCGGCGGCAGGCAGUUAAGCGCGCCUAUGAUCGGAGUAACCUGGGUGAACUCGCUGCAAUAUCGAGUCCUGUUCCCACACCUCAGACUACAUCAUCUACCACCACUGCCAACUCCCGGGCGGGUACCGCUGCCGUGCGCAAACGGCCGCGGCGAGAGAGCGUGACCCCGACACCAUUGCCACCACCAAUGCGCCGUGGCCAUCGCCGUACAGCCUCCCAAGCUCGAUUGUUAACUCCGACGAAGGCCUCCGGCACUCGACUCCGCGAUCCUCGUGUAGGCGGCAGUGUGUCUACCGGUGAGAACUCACCGGUCCCCUCACCGCGACGUGUUGAAAGAAUGGUUGCAAUACCGCCUCAGAACCUGGGGAGCCCGGGGCACAUCCCCGGCGAGAUAAGCGACACCGAUUUGACAUCGAGUGAUUGGUCUGAUGAGGAGGAAGAAGACUUCCUGACCAGUACAGAAUCGCCGAUCCCGUCUAUGGGUGACGGCGCCGACCUAGAUCGAACGAGCCGGAGGGGCGUGCCUCAGCUUCCACCGGAAUGUCAGCGGUGGCUGGAUGAGAUGACUGGCAACAAAUUUGACAGCAGUCUAGUUGCACUAACAGCCGUGCUUGCGAUUCACCCUGUCCAUCUCACUGUGGCCGGUCCAUAUAGCUACACCAGCGACCUGGCUGCCAUCCUCUGGAUUUCACGGCUGCUUCUGCUGGAUAUCGGAACCGAGUCCGACGAGCCGCAGCGGUGCACUACACCUUUGGAGUCCGGCAUACUUUUUUUACCCACUGGAGGAGAUUUUACGGCUGACCGCCCAUGGGAUAUACCAGAUGUAUCACGAGGUGCGUCCAGCCUCGAUCACCUGGUCUCCGGACCAAGAGACAGUGUACUACCGGCAAAACCCCACUGGCUAUACCAUGACCAACUUCCGUCACUGGAUCCAGCACCUGAUCCACACGACCACAGACUUCUUUUUAACCGGGAGCUCCUGCUGGGCUACGUUGAGGACUUUACGCUAGCGGACUUGGUCGACGUGCCCAGUGAGAGACGGAGUGGCUUCUCCUUUCUUGACGUGGCCCCCCACCAUGCGCGGCCCACGUGCAUCCCUCUCCUCCUGCUCUGCCAGUAUCCACCGUCUGGCGUGCGGCCGCUUCGGCAGGUUUCGACACACUGGGAUAUCCAGGCCAUGCGAUUGUAUGAGAAGAAAGUUCAAGACUUUCUAUAUAAACUGGCUUUACUGAUUCAGGUUACCUGGGGCCAGACCAGUCGUGAGAAGGAGCUACUCACCAUUAAAUGGCAGAAUACCGCGACAUCCCAGCGGAAUAUCUUUCUCAGCAACGGCCAGGUUAUGAUCGUAACCGAAUAUCACAAGACCCGCCGCCGGACCGUCCGUACCCACCCCGUUGCUCGAUUUCUUCCCUCCGCGGUGGGCCGGCUGCUUGUAACGUAUCUAAUCCACGUCCGUCCCAUGCUGGUGGCGUUUAACAGUCAGCACCCCCGGAGUCCCGGGCCCGUCGGGAGGCCAAGCAUGAUUGCUACUUUUUGUUAUUCCUUCCUCGCCGGUUUCCCCGCCGCCCCGCAAGUUGACACAUCUUCUACGCCAGUCGACUCAGCCGUUUUUAACAGUGCCUAUCUAACCACCCUAAGUUAUCGCCAUCUGUCUAUCGCCAUUGCCAAGAAACAUCUCCGCCCCCAGAUGACUGGAUCUGACCUGCAGUCCGCCGAGACAGUCCUCCAUAAUAUCCUUGCCGCCCAGGCCGGUCAUCAUUCCCAUAUCAAUAAUCAGAUCUACGCGGUUGAGGACACGUAUCCAUUAGGUCUCCUUCCCAGUCGCCAAGAAGCAUUCCAGCGCGCGUCGGCCCAGUGGCACCGGUUUAUUCUUUUCUCCGGUGACCACUCACCAUGUCCAGGAAACCACGACCCCUCGUCAUCUGGCAGAGGUUAA